GCAACUUAACCUUCAGCAACUUGCAGUUUUGCAAGCAUCUGGACGUUCUUCCAUUGAACCCUUCCAUUCCAGCAACCGUAUUCCUCCAGAAGCCAGCGAUCGACGAAGCUUACAUUCUCUUCAGCUUGGCAGGUUGACCAGCUCUUCAUCAACUCAGUUUGGGCCUCCGUCUCUGCCAAACCGGCGGACGCCAAACCGCAACUAUGGCACCCGUGCUUCGCGCCCUCAUGGCGCGUCGCCUUGUUGUCAGCGGCAAAGACAUCGCAGCUCUCGGCCCUCUGGCAGCGCGCGGCAUUCUUCUAGCACGCGAUGACAAUGACAACGAGGACCGACCCGACCCGGAGAAGGGUCUCGUGCACCCGCAGGAUAUCAACAACAAGGCCAUGUUCGCUUUCUUCGGCCUCCUGGGCGCCGCAAUCGUCAUCGGCGCCGUUUGGUUCUUCUUCUGGGCCAAGAACGGUGGCUUCUACUUCAAGGAGGAUGACUGGGACGACUACAAGUCGACGGUGAUGCGCCGCAAGGGUCCCAACGGCACCAUCUACUCCGGCGCAACGCCCAGCACCAUUCUUGGCGGCGGCAGCGUGUACAAGGACGUAGCAGAUGACGACGGCAUGACGGAGAUGGACAAUACCACAGUUAUAAGCGGCACCACAGGCAUCACGGGCAUCACGGGCAUCACGGGUGGUGUGUCCGACAUCUACGGCCGCGAGAAGCGGCGCAAGAAGCGCGAGCAAAAGGAGCGCGACAAGGAACGCCGGCGCGAGGAGAAGGCGCGCGAGAAGGAGGAGAAGAAGCGGAGCAAGCGCAAGGUCGGCACCGACGGCAUCAUGAUUGACGAGGAGGCCGAGGCUUUGGCUGAGGAGCAGCUGCGCAACUACCGGUCCGAGAAGCCUGCCCGCGUUGGCGGCAUCAACGUCGCUAGCGAGGCGAGCGAGUGGGACGGCUCAACGAACCCCAGCUGGAGUGGUGUGGGUACUUCGACUGUUGACAGCGGCAGCACCGUCACGUCGGAGUUGAUCAAACACCAGGAGAAGCGCGAGCGGAGCCCUAGCAAGAAGGAACGGGACGAGGAGCGCGCUGCCAGGAAGGAGGCAGAGCGUAGGGAGAGGCGCGAGCAGCGUGAGCGGGAGCGUGAGCAUGAUCGGGAGCUUGGCCGUGACCGUAAUCCUGAGAGAGAGCGCGAGAAGGAGAAGAAGACAGGCGGCAUUCGCAAGGUGUACUCGACAGCCGACAAGAACGCCAGCCGCGAAGCCGAGCGGCUGCGGGCCGAGGCGCGUCGUCUGCGAGAGCGGGAUCGUGCGUCUGCAGCAGCCGGGCAGCGUGAGCGCGAACAGCGGUCGUCGAAACGGGACUUCAGUUGGCAACACGGAGUAGGCGACGAAUCGUCCAUCGCUCUGCGCCGUAUCGACGAACGGGGCGAGAGCGUCCUGGAUGACGUUCACGAGCACGAGGAGGGGGUUAUCGCCACGGGCAGCAAUGGGCAAUACGCACGAGUGAAUAACCAGGACUAUGACGAAGUUGACCAAGUCCCACCGCUGCGUACGUCACGCGCCUUGGUCCCGUCCAGCUACACAGGGACGGAAAGCGAGAUGAUGGAGAGCGAGAUCAGCGGCCACAAGGUCUAUAAGCACCCGGUUCAUAUUCCCGUUAGCGGCGCGGAGAGCUCGGUGGGAAGCGAUGUGUCGUAUGCGGAGGAGAGGAGGAAGAAGAGAAACGGUGCUGGGUACAGAAGGCAUCACCGGAGGGAUGGUGAUGGGGAUAGCAGCGUUGGCGGUUACUAAAGAGAAGAUAUGAUGAACAUCGGCUGGCUGACUGACGAGAUGUUAUGAUGAUCAUGACGAUUGGAAAUGAGAAGCGAGAGCGAUGGGUGGAAAGCAAUGUGUCACACUCGUAACGGGGUCGGAGAUGGUGAGCGAAAGAUGAAAUAAUGUCUGCAUGAACGAGCUUUCACACGCACAGCAACCCCUUUGUUCUUUUUUUCUUACCCCUUCUUUUUCUUUCAAUGGCUAAAUACCUGGCUCACACACAAGCAGGCGGGCGUUCGUUUGUCGUAUGUAGUUUUAUAGUCGUAGCAAAUAACUGUUUGAUAGGGUUCAAAGGUAGCUAGCUAGUGUGAAUGGUAUUUGCAAGUAGUGUAUUCAACAUCCUUCUUUUCUUCU